AUGGCUCCUGGGAUGUCCCUAUCUUCGGUGAACGCCAUCGUCAUCCUCAACAUUGACGACGGCUCCAGGAUAUUUGCGAAAUACUACAGCGCACCCCACCAUGCGCCGACAGCCUCUAGCAGUCAUCAAUCGAGCGGACCGUACGCAGACUUGAAGUCGCAGAAGACGUUCGAGAAGGGCCUGUUAGAGAAGACGUCGAAGCAGACUGGCGACAUCAUUCUCUACGACAAUCGGAUUGUGCUGUAUAAGAUGGAGUCCGAUGUCAUGAUGUAUGUCGUGGCCGGCGUGGACGAGAACGAGGUUUUGCUCUACAACGUCAUCCUGGCCUUGAGAGAUUCUCUGCACCUGCUGUUCAAGCAGUCGGUUGACAAGCGGACCAUCAUCGAAAAUUACGACCUGGUAUCGCUCGCCAUCGACGAGAUCGUCGACGACGGUAUCAUCCUGGAAACCGACCCGACCAUCAUCGUGCAGAGAGUCAGCAAGGCGCCGACGCAAGAUGUUAACCUAAGCCGUAUCGAUCUCAGCGAGCAAGGCGUGAACAACCUAGCGCAAUUAGGAAAGGCCAAGUUGACAGACUGGUUGAGGCAAGGCUUGUGA